AAACCAGGGAUCAAAACGAAAACUAAUACAUUUCCAAGAGGUCGGAGGGAAAUGAUAAUUGAGUAGGGUUGGCUCAGCUGUAGCGUAGCCAUAUUGUUUUUCGGCGUUAUCUUUGAAGCAGAAAGGUGGUGGUUGAAAACAUUACUGUAUCUUAACUAUGAGGGAGCAGAUAACCUCGAAAAACUAUGGUCAAUUCUUCAAGAGUUCCUAAUGCCUUGUGUUGUUGUGAGUACAUUGACAAAGAUGGGAGAAGAAAUCACAUUCUUGCAUGCUGCUGCAACUGCGUGGAACUAGACAAGGCAUUUGACAGUUUUUGCUGCUGCAGAAGAGGAGGCCAUCCCGGCUGUGAUCGUGUCAUUCUCGCCAUGUUGGACAGGAUGCGCGUGCCAUGGCUCGGGGGUGCAAAGCUCAUCUCUUGUGAUAUUCUCUUGCCGAUGUUACUGUUGCCAAGUUUAUUUGCAUUUGGAGCUAUUAACUUCCCUUGCACCGUUGUUGCAUUUUUAUCAAUGCUGCUUCUUGUUCUUCAGCUUCAUCGAACAUAUUUUCGUUCAAUUCCUAAUUCAAAAUUCUUUUGCACAUGGACAUACACCUCCUUUGCAUUGAUUUUUUUAAUAUAUGAAUUUUUGGUUGUUCCCUUUUUGGAAAUAACCAUUCAGGAAAAUUUGAUAUUUAUUGUGGUGUCAAUUAUGUCCAUUCUUAGCCUUUAUAAAGUUCAAACAUUGAGAAAUUCUCAAGCCAGUUUUUUGAAUGAUGUUGAGAAGGGAGAUUCAAGUCUAUUGAAUUCUAAGGCCAGUAAUACUUGUAGUGUAUGCACAACAUACAUGACACCCAGAAUGGUUCAUUGUAGUACAUGCCAGAAAUGUGUUCCAAAGCGUGAGCUGCAUUGUUUGUGGUUUGGAUGUUGUAUUGGCUCACACAAUUUAUUCUGGUUCAUAAUUUGUCUAGUCUCACUUUCUGUAAGUUUACUGUACAGUUCUAAUUUGAUCUUGACUACUGUGUGUCGGCCAUAUCAAGUUGUGGGCUCACUUCUCCUUCCGGAGGACUGCAGUGAAGUGUAUUAUGAAUUUAGGUUUGCUCUGUGCUUUGUCAGUGGACUGUACUCGUUAAUGAUGUCUGUUUUAUCUGUGUUCGCUCUUCUCCGCCAGUGCUGGCUUGUGUCACUUGGGAUCACAGGUAACGAGUGGCGCACAAUGCCCCUCUCUCAUCUCUUACGUUUUGGAAUUACUGCGCAUCGUCCGUACAGUCAUGGCCUUCUCAAGAACUGGUAUUAUGUACUUACUCGUCAAAAUGUUUAUAGCAAAUAGUUAUGUUGAACUUAAAAUUAAGAAGUAUUCAAUGGCUGAUUUCAAAUAGCUGCAUUUAUUUAAAUUUGUCAGAUUUUCUUAUGAUUACUGUUUAACACUAAAUUUUCUGAAAUGUUGUGUGCACUAUUUUUUAUGCACUUUACAUCAUUUCAAAACAGUUGGGGCAGCAGGGAAUAAGUGUGUUCAUAGGGUCAGUGCCUUGAACUCAUGAAAAUCAUUUUUGGCUUGAAUGCAAACAUUUAAUGUUAAUGUUCCUUUUCUUUGCUCUGCUCAGUAUUGCUCUGUCCGUUUUGCAUUAUCGUUAUGUAAUUUGUAAAGUUUUUAUGAGUGUCGUUCUUCUGAAGAACCUGUGUUUUUUGCAACUUAAGGGUGCUUUGGCUGUAAGUUCUUUUGUACCUUUUUCUUAGACUGCAAUAGUCUUGGAAGUGUAUAAUUAUUAUCUCUUACUCACUAGUUCGUUCUGUGAUGUUUAUCUUUCUUGUUCUUGGUUUCUUGUGAAAAGUGUGUCUGUGGUGCUUGUGAUGAUUGACGCUCUGGUUAUAUUUAAGUCGUGAGUAUUUGGUAUUGGUUUGGUUCGUCCCGCUCGUGCGAGCGCCCGACGAGUAGGCAACUCUUUCGACACGGCUGUUGGCAGGCUUUGGCAGUCACCGCUCAAAAUUUUUUGUGAAUCUUAACAAAGGAAUUCAAAGGCAGCGUUUUUAAAUAAGUUGUUUAUUGUCAAUCUUCUUCUAGUCUUACAAUUUUAUACAAUGUUUCAGCUAAAUGUACUUAAAUAAAACAAGUUUUCUUGUCAAGAAUGAUAAUUACCAUGGA